CGGACGUGCUCGCCACGGCACCCGGGCUGCGCGCACGCGGUCCCUGUGUGCGGCUGGAGCGUGAGAGGCCACCGGGAGCCCCCGGGACAGCCCGCGCCCGCCCUGCAGGAGCCUGCGAAGAUGCCCCAGAGCAGCCUGCAAGCGGCGGCCGUGCUCCUGCUGGUGCUCUUAAAGGAACAGCCUUCCAGCCCGGCCCCAGCGAACGGUUCCAAGUGGACUUAUUUUGUGAAGCUGAACCUGCCCUCGGACAUGCACAUCCAGGGCCUCCAGUCUCGCUACAGUGCCACGCAGCUGCACCUGCACUGGGGGAACCCGAAUGACCCGCACGGCUCUGAGCACACCGUCAGCGGACAGCACUUUGCCGCCGAGCUGCACAUUGUCCAUUAUAACUCAGACCUUUAUCCUGACGCCAGCACUGCCAGCAACAAGUCAGAAGGCCUCGCUGUCCUAGCUGUUCUCAUUGAGAUGGGCCCCUUCAAUCCGUCCUAUGACAAGAUCUUCAGUCACCUUCAACAUGUAAAGUACAAAGGUCAGGAAGCAUUCAUUCCGGGAUUCAACAUUGAAGAGCUGCUUCCAGAGAGGACUGCUGAAUAUUACCGCUACCGGGGGUCCCUGACCACACCCCCUUGCAACCCUACUGUGCUCUGGACAGUUUUCCGAAACCCCGUGCAGAUUUCCCAGGAGCAGCUGCUGGCUUUGGAGACAGCCCUGUACUGCACACACAUGGACGACCCUUCCCCUAGAGAAAUGAUCAACAAUUUCCGGCAGGUCCAGAAGUUCGAUGAGAGGCUGGUAUACACCUCCUUCUCCCAAGGCAUCAUCCUCUCGCUGGCCCUGGCUGGUGUUCUUGGCAUCUGUAUUGUGGUGGCAGUGUCCAUUUGGCUUUUCAGAAGGAAGAGUAUCAAGAAAGGUGAUAACAAGGGAGUCAUUUACAAGCCAGCCAUCAAGGAGGAAACUGAGGCCCACGCAUGAGGUCCCUGGAGCUCCUGGGCACAUCCAGGAAGGACCUUGCUUUGGACCCUACACACUUCAGCUCUCUGGACACUUGUGACACCUCAAGGUGUUCUCUGUAGCUCAGGCAAACAUGCCAGGCCUCAGGGGAUCCUCUGCUGGGUGCCUCCUUGCCUUGGGACCAUGGCCACCCCAGCACCAUCCAAUCCAUGGAUGGGAUAAACUCUCAGACCAAGCAGCAGGAACUCUAAGCUGCUUGCUAAAUCCUGUGUGAGAUUGUGAAGUGGUCUGAAUUCUGGGAUCACAAACCAAGCCAUGCUGGUGGGCCAUUAAUGGUUGGAAAACGCUUUCAUCCAGGGCUUUGCCAGAGCAUGCUUUCAAGUGUCCUGGAAAUUCUGCUGCUUUUCCAAGCUUUUAGACAAGAAUGUGCACUCUCUGCUUAGGUUUUGCUUGGAAAAUUCAACUUCUUUCCUCUGGAGACAGGGCAUCUCCCUCUGAUUUCCUUCUGCUAUGACAAAACCUUUAAUCUGCACCUUACAACUCGGGGACGAAUGGGGACAGGAAGGAUCAAGUUGUAGAGAGAAAAAGAAAACAAGAGUUAUACAUUGUGAUAUAUUAGAGACACUUUCACAGUCCUGUCCUUGGGAUCACAAACACUGCACAGACCUUAGGGAAAGGCAGGUUCAAGUUCCACUUCUUGGUGGGGAUGAGAAGGGAGAGACAGCUAGAGGGAGGGAGAAAAUGAGAAGACAUGGAUGAUCUUGGAAGAGUCUCACUUUGGAAUCAGAAUUGGAAUCCCAUUCUGUUUAUCAAGCCACAAUGUAAGGACAGAACAAUACAAUACUAAGUCCAAAUCCAACCUCCUAUCAGUGGGGCAGUUAUGUUUUAUACUCUACAGAUUUUACAAAUAACGAGGCUAUUCCUUGAAAAUGUGUUGUUGCUGGGUCCUGGAGGAGACAUGAGUUCCGAGAUGACCCAAUCUGCCUUUGAAUCUGGAGGAAAUAGGCAGAAACAAAAUGACUGUAGAACUUCAUCUCUUUUGGCCAAAUUUCAUUUCAGCCACUUCUGCAGGAUCCCUACUGCCAACCUGGAAUGGGAACUUAUCUACUCCUCUCUCUCUCUCUCUGUGGAUAUCAAAUCAUGGUUUAGAUCAAAUCUAUUUCAAGCUAUAAAAGCAGGAGGUUAUCUGUGCAGGGGUUGGCAUCAUCAUGGUAUUCAGGGGCCAGUAAUAAUGGAACGCUACUAAGAUACUCCAUAUUCUUCCCCGAGUCACACAGACAGUUUCUGACAGGCGCAGCUCCUCCAUUUUCCUCCCGCAGGUGAUGACUCAUGACUGAGAAGUAACCGACCCCUAGUUAACAGCACCUUGCAGUUCCCCGAGAACUUUCUGAUUCACAAUCUCAUUUUGACAGCACACAAUGUCCCCUUGAAGCACAGCUUUUUAAAUAUCUUUUUCCUUCUCCUCCCUCUAACUCUAAGAAUUCUCUCUUCUGGCAUCGCUUGAACCCAGGAAGCAGAGGUUGCAGUGAGCCAAGAUCAUGCCACUGCUCUCCAGCCUGGGUGACAGAGCGAGACUGUCUCAAAAAAAAGAAAAAAAAAAAUUCUCUCUUCUGUACCAUCACAACUUUUCAUAAUGAUGGCAAGCCUUAUGUCUUGGGAGCCUGUUUUGCUAGGCAAAGUUAUAAGUGACCUAAUGGGGGCUCAGAUGUGUGUGUGCACUCAAGACCUCUAACAGCCUUGAAGCCUGGGGUGGCAUCCCGGCCUUGCCAUUAGCAUGCCUCAUGCAUCAUCAGAUGACAAGGACAACCCUCAUGACGAAGCAACAUGAAUUAGGGGGUCUCUGGGCCUUGGUUCAAAAUUGUCAAUCAGAAACUAACAGAAAGGGCUCCAGAGCAGUGGCACUGUCUGUCAAAAGACUCUGUAUAUCUUUUGUGGAUGAGUUUUGUGAGAGAACAGAGAGACCAUUGUACCUGGCACAAGGGCUAUUCAUGAAAAGGGAGACUUACUGGGAGGUGCGAGACAGUGGCAUUUCUCCUCUUCUCUUCCUGCUCAGCACAGACCUGGCUUGCAGCCCCGAGGCUGAGACCAGACAAAGCCAGGGAGGCAGAAAGAUGCUCCAAGAACCGACACUGUCAAUGUCUUCGCAAACCCUCA